AGAGUCCCUCCAACGACCACCACCUACCUGAUCGUACAAUCUUGACGACUUCCAACCUGCCUGUUCAUCAGGGCUUCCUAUGAGACUUGAACGUCCUGAGCAAUCUGACUGAAGACCUGACUGACGACCUGACUGACGACCUGACUGACGACUUGACGACGACCUGACGACGACCUGACGACGACCUGACGACGACGGGAAUGACCUGAAGCCAUCAUAUAGACGCUCCGGCUCAUGGGCUUUUCAUAGAACCUGGUGAGCUCGGGGUGGGACGUAAUCCUUGAUGCGAUUUCGUCACGUUCCCAUGAGCCCCUCGUCAUGCCGUCCUUCGACCAGAUUGACCCGCCUAAGAAAGGCAAGAUUAUCAAGUCGGCUUUCGACAGUGAGAGCUUCGACUCCGAUGGGACCAUCCAUGUUGAUGGGCUCGUUGGCUCUGCCACCAUCUCGCCUUCUGGCCGAGAUGUAGCCCUUGCAUCACCCGAAGGCUUAGCCAUUAUUGAUUUGGACUGCCCCUAUAAUCCUCCCCGCCGCCUGAGCAGCCAUGGGCUUCCCUGGCUUGUUACCGAUGUUCAGUGGUCGCCCUUUGCCAUCCGAGAUUACUGGAUCGUGUCCACUGCGAAUCACCAGGCGCUGGUCUGGAAUCUCAACUUGCGGGAUGAUUCGAGCUCUGGCGCCAUUGAGCAUUCCCUCCAGGGCCACAGUCGGGCCAUUACCGACGUUAACUUCUCCGCCCACCACCCAGACCUCCUCGCCACUUGCGCCGUCGAUGGCUACGUUCACUGCUGGGACCUUCGCCGUCCCAAGCAGCCGGUCCUCAGCUUCUGUGACUGGUUCGCCGGCGCUACCCAGGUCAAGUACAACCGACAAGACCAACAUAUUCUCGCCUCGUCUCACGAUCGCUGGCUGCACAUCUGGGACGACCGCAAGGCCGUUGAGCCCCUGAGAUCCAUCAGUGCACAUACCUCGAAGAUUUACGGCGUGGAUUGGAAUCGAUUCAACGCCACCGCCAUCGUGACCUGUUCCCUCGACAAAAGCAUCAAGUUCUGGGACUACUCCAACGACACCGACGCCCCAAGCCGUGUCAUCUCUACCCCGUUCCCCGUCUGGCGGGCACGUCACACACCCUUCGGCAGGGGUAUGCUCGCCAUGCCACAAAAUGAACCGGGCGACUUGUACCUGUACGACCGUCGUGUAGACGAUGACGCCCCGGUGGACACCCCACCGGUGGCCAUCUUCCCCGGUCACGGAAACCACAAGGUCAAGGAAUUUCUCUGGAGAAGCAGAGGGGGUAUAACCGAGGACGGUCUGGACAACCGGGACUUCCAACUCGUUUCCUGGGGAGCCGAUAACGAAUUGCGACUCCAGCGUAUCGACGCUGCCACCCUCGAGUCCGUGGGCUACAAGAAAGGUGAGCCAGCAGCCAAGAACCUCAACCUCACCCGCAAAGGGGCCACCUAUAAGACAUUUCGAACCAUGGAGGACAGCAUCAACCGUGAUUGGAGAAGUGCUACCAUGAGCGAUGCCCGUCCGGGAGGCGCAGGAACCCACCACCGACAAAGCACACUCACCAUGAGUAUGCGGUCCAAUGCCUCAACUCAUUAUAAUCGGAUUGGUUCUGCUUGGAAAGGAGCCUCUAUGAAAGCCCGGAACACCCAGAAACAAAUCGAUCGGAGCCAGGCACAGAUCGGCUGGAUGAAAGGCAUCACCAUGACCAAGAAGAAAUCAGCUUCGGACGCGCCACUCCGCGGCGGCGAUGAAGCGAAGGCCUCGCCGCUGUUCAACCCCGGAUAUCCCGAUGAGGGUGAAUGGGGGGAGCCUGAGACGGUUCACGAUGAGUUACUCCGCGUGAGCACCCAGCUCCCCAAAGUCAAGUGGGAACACAUCGACAUGGAUGCCCUGACCCUCAAUGCCUCUCUCUACGGACCGUGGGGCCGCCGCGGGGAAACCAUCUUCAUUCAGGUCAGGGUCGACAUCCCCACUACUUAUCCCAAGUCCAAGGCGCCCAAAUUCUUCGUCGAGAAAACGAGCUUCAUGCCCGAUGAGGUUCACGGGAAAAUUGACGUCGAGAUCCAUCAACUGGCACGGAAGUUUCUGGAACGAAAGCAAAACUGUCUCGACGUCGUCUUCAGUUACCUUCUGGGAGAGGUCGAUCUCGAGUCCAGCACCACAUUCUUCAAGAAUGUGAAGGACCUUGACGAUGACGUCCUCGAUGGGCUCGCCGAUGAGAGCUCCAGCGAGGAAAGUGACCUGGACAUACCCACCGGGGGCUCGGUCUCCAUGUCUCAGGAGCUCGCGGGAAGUGCCGAGAUGGACGGCACUUUGGCCCCCACGAAUCGACCCACCAUCCCGCCUAUGCCCCGAUUCUGCGGCGGUCGGUUCUCCAACGACGGGAAGCUGGUGUGCUUCUUUCCCACCAAGGAAGAGAAAGCAAAAGCUCUCUUCUCUAUGCCUCCGGAGGCGUUGAAGGAACGCCCCAAAGGGGAGCCCGUUUUUGCCGGCUUUGGUCGCCUGGGGCACGACUCGCCCCCCCACAAGAAAUACGGCAACGAUGAGGGUUCUGGCACAGAGGACCGGUCUGAUUCGGAUGACUCGACUGGCAGCUCAUCGUCAUCGGACGAUUCCGAGUCGACGUCGAUGCAUAAGAUGAACUUGUGGUAUCAGCCGAGACAUCGAUUCAGGAGAACGUGGAGUGACAGUCGCUCGGUGCGGUCGAGCGGAGGGGGGACGGGCAUUGGGACGGGAACCGGCACCGGGUCCCUUAAGAGACGAACCGGUGCCAAGCCUAAGAGUAUCGUGUCCCUUCACGACCUGUCCGACCUACAACCGGCGAAGCGUACGCUAGCUCGCGAGUACGCCAUUUUCGGCGACGGGGCCGACGUCUGCAAGCAGAACGCCGAGGUUGCUGCAAAGUACGGAUACGCUGAACUGGCGGAGCUCUGGCGCUACCUCGCGCUGCUUCUGCGCAAGGACAUUCCACUUGAGCCGCUCGGGUCCGUACAGGAAUCGGAAGGGCCGCAGGAUUCGAUCCUCGUCAUCGCGCGCGAUGCCGUGGCACGCCGCCUUAACGCAGCAUCGACAACAGGCAGCCUCGCGCACGACGACACGAGCUUGAAUGGACGCGUCAAGUGGGGAGCCCAUCCACUGGCACGAGACGUCCUCGAAGACCUAUUCGAUCAUUUCGAGCGCGCGGCCGACAUACAGAUGCUAGCGAUGCUCUCUUGCAUCUUUGGCGAGUCCUCGAACCAUGACGGGGUAGCUUUUGCCGAAUGCCACUUAACACAGCCCGAGACGCCGUUGCCCAUGAAGGCGCCGUCGUUUUCUCUCGAUUAUUUCCCGACCGAUGCUUCCCUGUGGGUGCUGAACCGCCCGAACCAUAGCAACAUGACCUCUGCCAUCACUACCCCUAGGACGGCCCACACGCCCAUCCGAUAUUCGGGCUCACAGGGGUCGGAAGACGUGGUGCUCUGGCCCGGGGAGGCUGGGUCGAAUUCGUACUCGUGCGGCGAGACCCCUCCUACCAAGGGGGUAAGGGAAUAUUUGGCCGAGGCAACAAGCCAGAUACACAGUUUAUCGACAUCACCUAGUGGACGGCCGCUGACCAAACCGGCCCACUCUGGGCUGACGUCGAGCUUUGCCAUUAACUUGGGACGGUCGUUUGCGGUCGCAACGACAACGCCGUCCUCGUCAUCGCCUCCUCAACAAGGGAGAAAGCGGCCUAGUCCCGCCGAAACAAUCCUCAGCAACCUGGCACCGAGCAUGAUGGGCAACCUCACGCGGGGCGGGUCCGCCAUCCCGGGAGAUACUGGCACCGCGAGGACUUCCGUGUCAGACGACGAGGUCUUCAGGGAAGACUUGGUAUCGCUCGUGCCCGUGGGCGUCUCCGUCCACAUGGAAGACCAGGGCAUCUUCGACGACGACGGGUGGAUGACGGCGCCCUUGCUGGAACCCCGCCGCCAGUCCAUGUACGCCGCGUACCGGUAUGCCUAUGCCGAGAUGCUCCAGAUGUGGGGCCUCCCGCUGGAACGACUGGAGAUUAUGAAGUUCAACGUGCUCAGGGAAGAGGAGGAUGGGACCGGGUCCAGCAUACGCGACUCGUUCAGUGCCGUUCAUGAGACCACGAGCUUUGCUUCCCAUCACAAGAAAGAGCAGCUCCAGUCCCUCGUCGCUUCCGGGCGCGGCCUGGACGUCACAGGCGUCUGCCGGGUACACGAGAUACAGAUGGAGCCGCUCAAGUACACCAAAGGCUCGGCGACGCGACUCGGAGGUGCGGUAGGGGUAUGCGAGCGGUGCCGAGCGUCGCGGAACCAGGCGGCGGCGGCGGCGAGCGACGCGACGCAGACGCAGCUGAUGUGCGUCUUCUGCCGACAGCCCGUCGAUGCGCUGUUCGUCCCCUGCCUUGGCUGCGGGUGCGCCAGCCACGACGCGUGCAUGGCGGAGUGGCACGCGCAGGGAGAGACGCACUGCCCGGCGGGCGACGAGUGCAACUGUGCCAGGGAGGCGUCGAACGGGCAGGUGGAGUCCUGGGCGGCGAUCAUGGCGGCCGUUAGGAAGGGCCAGCAGCCCCUGUCGUCGCAGAAGGUCACGGCCGUGGGGACGCUGUCGCCUCCGGCCGAGGUGGCGGAGAAGGAGAAGGGGUGGGAGAGUGUGGCGUCGAGUAGGGAGAUUCCGAGCCGGCCGUACGGGUUCGGCGGGGGCGGAAGCGCCGUGAUGAGUGCGGCCCGGUUGAGUUUGGGGCACAGGUUGAAGAAGGCGGGGGACUGGUCGAGGGCGUCCAGUAUCAUGCGCAGGGAAGACGGCGGUAGUGGUAAGGACAACCGGGGGCAGUGACAGAGGCCUCCAAAAAAUGGAAGCGAUGCGGCAGGGAGAGGACACACCUCGAAGGUGACAAAAGAAAAGCAGAGGGUCAUACGAAGUAUACUUACUACUUGUGAUGACAGUGUGUGAAGUUUCCAUGCUAGAUGACAUCAUGUACGAUAUAGGCUAUAGUCAGUUAGAUUGUGCCUCUAGCUAUCGAGAAGAAACAUAUCGAGAAGGAACCAUGGCGUCCUUGACGUUUAUUGCGGAUGAAUGUACGGAUGUUUUCUUCCCAGCAGCUGAGUUCUCGAUGUCAUUGGAGUUAGCGUGGAGGGUAAAGUCGGCCCCACAUCUCCGACCGCCGC